AGCAAUUUAGGAACGCGCGGGCGGAGCGCGGGCGAGCCGAGCGCCCAGGACAGUCCUGCGGCAGGCGGGUGAGCCGGCCGCGCCCUCGCCCCUCCCGGGCCUGCCCCCGCCGCGGCUGGCAGCGCGGAGGUUGGUUUUUGGAGGUGUCCCUGCUGAAGUGACAAAGAGUUGUCCCAUGUGACACAUCCCGAGGUGCCUUUGGGGAAAGCUCUCUGGACCUCCCAAUGGGCUGAUGAGGAAGUGGGCUCCACACCCUCUCUGUCCCCAACUAAGAUUAUGGUGGAUUUGGGAUACGGCCCAGGCCUGGGCCUCCUGCUGCUGACCCAGCCCCACAGGCGUUAGCAAGAGCCCUGCGCUGUCCACCCCCCUCCAGAGACCACCCCUCCUACCAGGGGCCUGGAGCUGGCAAGUGACUAUGCGGCUUGGGCUGUGUGUGGUGGCCCUGGUUCUGAGCUGGAUGCAUCUCGCUGCCGGCAGCCGGGGGAUCAAGGGGAAGAGGCAGAGGCGGAUCAGUGCUGAGGGGAGCCAGGCCUGUGCCAAAGGUUGUGAGCUCUGUUCCGAGGUCAACGGCUGCCUCAAGUGCUCGCCCAAGCUGUUCAUUCUGCUGGAGAGGAACGACAUUCGCCAGGUGGGCAUCUGCUUGCCUUCCUGCCCACCUGGAUACUUCGAUGCCCGCAACCCCGACAUGAACAAGUGCAUCAAGUGCAAGAUUGAGCACUGUGAGGCCUGCUUCAGCCACAACUUCUGCACCAAGUGUAAGGAGAGCUUGUACCUGCACAAGGGCCGCUGCUAUCCGGCCUGUCCCGAGGGCUCGGCGGCCGCCAACGGCACCAUGGAGUGCAGCAGUCCUGCACAAUGUGAAAUGAGCGAGUGGUCCCUGUGGGGGCCGUGCUCCAAGAAGAAGAGGCUCUGUGGCUUCCGGAGGGGCUCCGAGGAGCGGACUCGGAGGGUACUCCAUGCCCCUGGUGGGGACCACGCUGUCUGCUCCGACACCAAGGAGACCCGCAGGUGCACAGUGCGGAGGACGCCCUGUCCCGAGGGGCAGAAGAGGAGGAAAGGGGGCCAGGGCCGGCGGGAGAACGCCAACAGGAACCCGGACAGGAAGGAGAGCAAGGAGGCGGGCGCCGGCUCUCGGAGACGCAAGGGCCAGCAGCAGCCGCAGCACCAAGGGACUGUGGGGCCGGUCACAUCUGCAGGGCCCACCUAGGGACAUUCGUCACCUCCAGGCCCGCAUGGGAAGAGUCCAGCGCUGCUCUGUGUGAUGAAAGCUUUACCGAACUGGAGCGCUGGGGGCAAAGCGUGCACACACUCUCCAUACAUAUAUGGACACACAGACACACACACGAAGGGCCUGUGUCCAAACAUGCAACCAACAACAUGUGCACGCAUGUGCGUACACACACACACACACACACACACACACACACACACA